GCAGAGGCACCUGUAUGUGGUUGAUUACACCUUGAUUGCUUACAUACAUCAUGUAGCCAAGGCCAAGUCUGUAUAUUUACUUAGACACGUACCUAGUACCUGUACCUACUAUGUACUGUCAUGUAGGUACAAAGACCCCCCGCACUCAGUUUAAAUCAUCAUUUGUAGCCUACAUAAUGUUGGAAGGGAUGCUUCGCCUUCCCUCGCUUCAACUUAGAAAAUUAGGAAGGUGCCCCGAAGGCUUUUGAUACUUUUCUUCUCAGCUAAGUAUUCUGUCAAGCCUCUUCUCCUUUUCUGCUCUAACAACCGUAUCCACCACUCUUCUCAUUCGCUCAUUGUCGGCGCUGCUAUUACCAGCACACAAUGCCAAAGUCCGUCGUUAUUGUUGGAGGUUCUCUAGCUGGCCUGAUUCACGGCCUCCAGCAUAAGCGUCGCGGUAACAAUGUCACCAUACUAGAGCAAGAAUCUGGCGAGCGACACAGUCACCAUGCAGGUAUAGGCUUUGGAGCUAAUGCCCAGGAGUUCCUUCGCAAGUAUGACUUAACAGGAAUGACCGCGGCAUUUGCAUCUCAUUCCAGACGUUGGGCAUACUACGCUCGACCGAACGUUAUGAACACCAAGGGUAGCAUUCAGCUCACUAGCUGGGGACUUCUGAAUAGUAUUCUGCGCGCCAACUACGACGGCUUAGCAUCGACGGCAUGUCCUAAGCCGCCGCCAGCAGCUGAAGGAGACGGCUCUGCUGUGUAUCUGAGCGGAAAGUGUGUAACAGCACUACAAUGCACGAAAGAAACCGUCACUGUCAACUACACCGAUACUAACACAAACCAGCAAGAGUCGAUUGAAGCCGAUUUGGUGAUCGGAGCCGACGGUGUCCAUUCGACUGUUCGUCAAUUAGUAAAUGCCCCUUCCUUUAAGCAGUAUGCGGGAUACGUAGCGUGGAGAGGUACUAUACCCGAGAAACUGGUAUCCAAAGAGACAGUAGAGUAUCUUUCAGAUCACGUAUCGCUCCAAUUUUCGAAGCGCACGUAUCUUCUAUGUUAUAUCAUUCCGACAGAGACCGGUAAUUUUGAGCCUGGCGAGCGGCUCCUGAAUUGGGUCUGGUACUACAAUGUUGCCGAAAACUCACCUGAGAUGAAAGAGAUCUUCACCGAUACCUCUAAUCAGGAGCAUCACAACACGGUCCCGCGUGGCCUCGUACGACAAGAAGUAUGGGAGAGAUGCCGAGCAGAGCUACUCCCUCGCAUCUCGGCUCCUUUCCAGGAGUUGCUCCAGAAGACAUCAAGCCCCUUCGUCACCAAGAUUCGAGAUGUGAUUUGUACGUCGGCCAGCUUUUAUGAUGGGAAGGUCGUACUGGUCGGAGAUGCGUUUACAACACUGCGCCCCCAUCUUGGAGCAGCCACGGAACAGGCCUCUUUACACAGCAAUACCUUGGAAUCUGUCUACCGAGGGGAGAAGACACCAGAAGCCUGGAGCCUGGAGGUCCGCCGAUUCGCACAACGGAUUGUUCUGAUUAAUAAGAUAAUUGCGGAGCUUGGUACUGGAACCAUGUUUUCCUUGGCUAAAUCAGUCUUCUUCUACGCCAUAUUUCUUAUCAAAUCUAAACUUUAACGGUAAUGAAAAGGCAUAGGGACAUUUUCUAACUGCUUCCGAUGUAUAUAAGGGGGAAUUAUGAAGUAUUUCAUUAGAGUUAUUUUUCUCGUGAAUCAACAAAGGGGCAACAUUGAAGAAUACAUAUCUGUGAAUAGGUACCUACCUGCUUAGUAGAUGUGGAGAAAAAGAGUCGUCGAAAUAAACAUAGCGCUAAAUUGAAGUUUGAUUCCUUGAA